ACCGAAGACCGAGAUUUUUGAACAGACAUUCAGAUCUGAUCUAGAAAAGACAAAUACAGAGCAUACCAGUUAGCAACCAUUUCCCAAAUAUAGAAGAAAAUGAUCCAGGCCCAGGAAUCACUGACAUUCGAUGAUGUGGCUGUGGAAUUCACCUGGGCAGAGUGGCAGCUACUUGGUCCUGAUCAGAAGGACCUGUACCGGGAUGUGAUGCUGGAGAACUAUAACAACCUGGUGUCAGUGGGGUAUCAAGCUGGCAAACCAGAUGCACUCUCCAAGUUGGAAGAAAGAAAAGAACUGUGGACAACAGAAGAUGAAAUCCACUGUCAAAUCUGUCCAGAAAUCAGGAAGGUUGAUGAACAUCUCCAGCAUCAUUUGCAAAAGCAAGGAAUUCAGAAGUGUAUGAAACAAUGCUAUGAACAUAAUGCAUUUGGAAAUAUUUUUAAUCAGAGAAAAAGUAAUUUUUCAUUAAAGCAACAUCAUGAUAUGUUUGACUUACAUGGAAAAAUUUUAAAAUCAAAUUUAAGUUUAGAAAACCAGAACAGAAGCUAUGACCUAAAAAUGUUUAAUGAGUUUAAUGGAUAUGGGCAAUCCUUUCUCCACGAUAAGCAUGAACAACUUCAUACUGAUAAUAAAUUCCAUGAAAGUGUAAAACCAAACAGCAACAAGUCUCAGGCGAUUAAGCAUCAGAGAACUGCUAAAUUAGAGAAAACCCAUGUAUGCAGUGAAUGUGGGAAAGCCUUCAUUAAAAAGUCUCAGUUCAUUGAUCAUCAAAUGGUUCAUACAGGAGAGAAACCUCAUGGAUGCAGUACGUGUGGGAAAGCAUUUUCCAGAAAGUCCAGGCUUACUGAGCAUCAGAGAACUCAUGCAGGGCUGAAACACUAUGAAUGCACUGAAUGUGACAAAACAUUUCUGAAGAAAUCACAACUCAAUAUACAUCAGAAAAGUCAUAUGGGAGAGAAACCCCAUACAUGCAAUGAAUGUGGGAAAGCUUUCAUCAAGAAAUGUCGGCUUAUUUAUCAUCAGCGAACUCAUACAGGAGAGAAACCUCAUGGGUGCAGUCUAUGUGGGAAAGCCUUUUCUACAAAGUUUAGUCUCUCUACUCAUCAGAAAACUCAUACAGGAGAGAAGCCCUAUACAUGCAGUGAGUGUGGAAAAUGCUUCUUUGAGAAGAGACGUCUCAUCAUACAUCAGCGAACUCAUACUGGAGAGAAACCCUUUAUAUGCAAUGAGUGUGGAAAAGGCUUCCCCCUAAAGAACCCUCUUAUCAGACAUCAACGAACACAUACAGGGGAGAAACCUUAUGUAUGCAGCGAAUGUGGAAAAGGCUUCACCAUGAAGAGUGAUCUCAUUGUACAUCGGCGUACUCAUACCGCAGAGAAACCGUAUGUAUGCAGUGAUUGUGGAAAAGGCUUCACCGUCAAAACCCGUCUAAUUGUACAUCAGCGAACUCAUACAGGAGAGAAACCUUAUGUGUGCAAUGAAUGUGGAAAAGGCUUCCCAGCAAGGAUCCGACUGGUUGGACAUCAACGAACUCACACUGGAGAGAAGCCCUAUAUAUGCAAUGAAUGCGGAAAAGGCUUCACCGAGAAGAGCCAUCUCAAUGUACAUCGGCGCACUCAUACUGGAGAGAAACCCUAUAUAUGCAGUGAAUGUGGAAAAGGCUUAACUGGGAAAAGCAUGCUCAUUGCACAUCAGCGAACUCAUACUGGAGAGAAACCCUAUAAGUGCAAUGAAUGUGGAAAGGGCUUCACCAUUAAGAGCACUCUAGAUAUACAUGAACGAACUCAUACUGGAGAGGAACCCUACAAAUGCAAUGAAUGUGGUAAAGCGUUCAGGAAGAAGACAUGCCUCAUACAACAUCAGAGAUUUCACACAGGAAAAACUUCCUUUGCGUGUACUGAAUGUGGAAAAUUCUCUUUGCGAAAGUAUGAUCUCAUUACCCAUCAGAGAAUUCACACAGGAGAGAAACCAUAUGAAUGCAGUGUAUGUGGAAAAGCCUUCACCACCAAGUCAGGGCUCAAUGUUCAUCAUCGGAAACAUACAGGAGAGAGGCCCUAUGGAUGCAGCGAUUGUGGGAAAUCUUUUGCCCACUUGUCAAUCCUUGUUAAACAUAAGAGAAUGCACACGUAGUCAUUGUGGAAAGCCUGUUUCCAGUUUUGGGUUCCUGAAUAUUAGAAUUUGCACAGAAGAAUAACUAAAUGAAUGCAGACAAUGUGGUAGUGUCUUUAGUGAUCAGUUAAUGUGAUCAAAAAGGACAUAUGGAAAUAAAACAUAAAAAUCAUUCUAGAUGAAACUUUUUUAGGUCAAUUUAUGUCUAAAAGAUAUAUACUGAGAUAAAUGCUGUGAAUGGACAGACUAGGAAAGACCACAAUGGGAAUAUAGUCUCUGUUAUCAGUGUAACUCAACAUAUUUGGAUGUGUUUAAGUUUACAAGUAGCAUUGCAUAGUUUAUGAAGCCAACAUUAAUAUGAUUUUCUGUAUGUUUUUUAAAAUAAGUUCAAAUUCACAAAAACAUGUAGAAAUAAUCUGGAGAAUUUUCAUGUACCCUUCACCCAGCUUCUUCCAAAGAUAGCAUGUUUUAAAAGGCAUACAUUUUUGUUUCCUUUUUAUGUGUAGUUUUAAUAAAUUUUAUCUCAUGUAUGGAUCUAUGUAAUUAGCAGCACAACUAAGAUCCAGAAGUGUUACAUUAACUCAUUCUUCCUCAUGGUAACCCUUUAUAAUCACACCCUUUCUCUGGCCCUAACCCUUGGCAACCAUUGAUCUGUUUAUCUAUACUAAUUUGUCAUUUGUAGAAUGUUGUAUAAAUGGAAUCAAAGAAUAUACCCUUUUGAAACUGACUAUUUUACCUUAAGCGAAGUCACUUUAAUGUCCAUCCAAGUUAUUCUGUGUUUCCAUAGUUGCUUUAAUUUCAUUGUUGAGUAGUAAUACAUGAUAUGGAUAUACCAUCAUUUACCCAUUCAAACAUUGAAGGACAUUGGAAUUUGUAAUGUAGUGAUUGUAGCGUCAGAGGUCUCUAACUUCACAAGAAGGAAAGAGAGUCAAGAUCAGGAUCAGCCCAAAGCUAAUUCCUGUGAGAUGGAGGUCAGACAUACCUCCACUUUACAACCUUUUUACCAAUUCUGACACCAACCAUACUCCCCAUGACACUGUCUACUCUCUGUUUGGUUUGAUAAUUCAUUGCAGUGGCCACACAGAGCUCACAGACCAUACUCAGAUUAUGUGACUUAUUAGGGAAGUAACAGGCCACAAUUCUGGAUCAACUUGGAAAUAACUGGAUAGAACUCUGUAUACAGUUCUUCAGUCAGGGUGGUUUUCAAACAAGACAGCUCACAGCUUCUUCUCAGCCAUCCCUAUAGGCAGGCCUUGAGCCUGCAGACAGGCCUUCCUCUGGACUGUGCCCUCCAGGCCCCACCCACUGUGCUUGGCCCCUGCCAGGCGAGUGUUACAGCUCUUUAGCUCUGCCUACAAGUGCCUGGAAGCAUCCUUCUCAGCCAGUAAGCAACCUGCCCAAAGGGGGUCAGCUCUGUCACUCCGUAUGUCAGUGAUGGAACUACAGCCACUGGGAAGCUUACCGCAGAUGUCUCGAACUGGUCUCCUGGUUUGCUCAUGCUGCCACUGUUCCAUCUUACACCAUCUCCAGUAUUACAGCUCUCUUCUUGGUCUAGGAGGUUUUCAGUGCAGGGACCGUGGGUCUGAAGGAUGUGCUCAGUUACUGGCUCUUCUUGUUGAUGGUAGUGAGAGCCCCCUCAUCCUCUGUGGGAUUGGCACUUUCAGGCCUAGCUUGAUGGCAAAAUUGACCCAGUCUCCUCAGUAGGCCCACAGGGACCUUAUUUGCAUAGUAAUUGACCUAUUCCUGCAAGAGUUUUACACACCUUGUUUGCAUAGUAGACUAACAAAUUCCUUUGCUGUACUGCGUGGCUCAGCUAAUUAUUUUGGCAGAAUUAUGAACCCAAGGCAAGAAAGGCCAUAUAUAAACAGAAACAAUUGUACUACAGAGUUGUUUCUGUUUUUUGUUUUUCUUUUUUACUGUUAUGAUAAUGGUUCUAUGAUCAUUCUUGUAUAAGUGUAUUGCGUAAAUACGAGUUUUCAUUUCUCUCGGGUAAGUACUCAGUAUGAAGUGUACUAAUGUUAUGUAUUAGAAAAAUAUCACAGAUUUGCUUUUGAUAUUUAGAACUAUAAUCCAUGUUAGCUAGUUUUUAUAUAUGGGGUGAGGUUUAAAGUUUAUUUUCUUUAUCUGUGGUUUUCCCGUUGUUCUUAAACUAUUUGUUGAAAAUUUUUUUUUCCACUAAAUUGUUUUUGCAUAUUUGUAAAAAAAAUCAAUUGUCUGUACAUGUGUGGGUCCAUUUCUUGAUUCUCUGUUUUGUUUUGUUGAUCUGUAUGUCUGUCCCUCUGCUAAUAACGUACUAUCACAAUUAUUGUAGAUAUAUAGUUAGCUGAAAAUUUGAGUAUUAAGAAUCCUUCAGCUUUUUCUUUUUCAGAAUCGUUUUCGCUAUCCUAGUUCCUUUGCCUUUCCCUAUAAAUUUUAGAAUAAUCCUGCCUAUACCAACUUCCUCUAUGGGGCAGUUCUACUCUGUCCUAUAGGGUCACUGUGAGUCAGAAUCGACUCGACAGCAAUGGGUUUGGUUUUUUUGGUAUACUGACUCUGGGAUAAAAAUGUCAAUUUGGCCUUUGUCUUUGGUUCCUGAAAGAUAACCCUUGAAAUUUCCCAAGUGAUCAAGAUGUCUAUGUUGUCUACAACUGCUGGGCAACACUUGAAAUUUUGUGCGAAUGUGUGGGGGCUACAUGGUACACAUUGUCAGGAAGGGGGCAUGAUUUAAAUCAAUCACUUGAUCAAUGAUUCAAUCAAUCAUAAAUUUGCAAUGAGGCACCAAUCAUUACUAUGAAAUGAAGCCAAUAAAAGGCUUUGAAUAUGGAAGUUAUUUGGCUUUCUGAUUGGUGAGAACAUCUGCUUUCAGGAGGGUUAUGCAUUUCCAAUGAUAGUCCUUAGGGACAAUGGAAGCUCUCCACUGGAACACCUCCCAGGCCUCGUCCUGUGUGUCUCUUCAUUUGUAUCCUUUCUGGUUAUAAUGAAAAGGUAAAUAUAAGAGUAAAACAAAAAAUUAGAGUAGAUAAACCAAAAGCCCAUUGUCACCGAGUCAGUUCCGACUCAUAGAGACCCUGUUGGACACACUAAGGUUUCCAACGAGCGGCUGGUGGAUUCAAACUGCUGACCUUUUAGUUAGCUGCCAAGCUCUUAACCACUGCGCCACCAGGGCUCCACAAGUGUAGAUUAAAAAAAAAAAAAGUUUAGCCUCCAUAAAUUGUUUGAGCUGUUCCAGGGAAUUAAUGAACGUACAACAGCAGUAAGAGCCAGCACAGGUUGGUAUCUAUGUAUUUGGCAGUCUGAAGGACUGUGUGCCCUUUUAACUUGUGUGCCCUGACCUAACUUGGGUGGCUGAAUCAGAAGGGCUGCACAGGCAGCCGGUCUGGAGACAAGGGCUGGUAAGUCAGAAGUUAAGGGGGCUGAGGACCCCAGAGGUUGCAGCUGGUACCACCUAACCUAGGCCAGGGUGGCUGGGCGUAAGAGAGAGAGUGUCACUUGGGCAGCUGGUGACACAGGUGGGGAAGCAGGAAGGUUAGGGUUGCAUCCAUUUCCAGAUGGGAAUUGGAUUCAUGCUGAUCCUUAGCAAUGAAGGUGAGACUUGCCCACUGGGUCCCUUGCUAAGUACACCUAUCAAAAUUGUAGUGAGUUUAUUGGAAGUGCAUUAAACCUGUAACUCCAUUUGGGGAAGAUUUGACCUAUUUCCUAUGUUGAGCCUUCCAACCUACAAAUAUGAUUCUCUUUCCAUUUAGUUUGGUUUUUCUUGAUGUAUUUUAUCAGGUUAUUUUUGUUUGUUUUUAGUUUAUAUAAUAUACACCCUGUACAUGUCUUGUUAGAGAGCCCUCGUGGUGCAAACAAUUAAGUACUUGGCUGCUAAGCAAAAGUUUGGUGUUUCGAACUCACCCAGUGGCACUGUGGGAAGAAGACCUGGCUAUCUGCUUGUGGGAAGAUUACAGCCAAGAAACAUGAUUAAGCAAUUCUAUGUCACAUGGGGUUGUUAGGUGUUGAAAUUGAUUGGACAGCACACAACAUACUUAAAUAUAUUAUUAGAGCUAUGGGGUCAAUGUUACCAUGUUCAUUACUUAGUUUCCACUUGUUCACUGUUAGUCUACAAAAUAGGAUUGAUUUUUGUUUUGACCUUGUACCCUGUGACUUUGAUAAACUCACUGAUUAUCUAGGAGUUCUUUUGUAGACUCCUUGGGAUUAUAUAGAUACCUAGUAUUAUCUCUGAAUCAUGGCAGUUUUAUUUUUGCUAUUUCAAUAUAUUUUGUUUUUCUUUUCUUGCCAUACUUCACUAGCUAGGAGUUUCACUGUGUUUAAUAGGAACAGUGAGAGUGGACAUCCCAGUGAUGUUCAUAAUUUUAGGGUCAAAGUAUUUAAUCUUUCACCGUUAAAUAUGAUGCUAGCAGGAGAUUUUCUUGUACAUGCUUUUUACUGGUUUCAAGAAAAUCCCUUGUAAUCAUAAUUGAUGAGCAAUUUUUUUUUCAUGAAUGGAUAUUGGAUUUCGUCAAGUGCUUUUCUGCAUCAGUUUGUAUGGUUAUUUGGCUUCAUUAUACUGUUACUAUGGAAGAGAUUGUGUAGAAUUGGUGUUAUUUGUUACUUAAUAGCCAGUGAACCCAUCCAUGCUUUGGGAUUCUUUUUCCAGAAGGUUUUAUAAACUAUAAGUUCAAUUUUGCUAAUACAGGACUAUUUCUUUCAUUUUGUUUGUUAGUUUUUGCCUUCUGUGAAAUUGGUCCUGUAGUCUACUAGUGUCAGACAUUGUCUACAUUCAGGAGGAGGGAUGAGAAUGAAGAUCAGCAUAAAGCUGAUUCCUGUAACGUGGAAUUCAGACAUACGUCCACUGCCAAAUUUUUCACAAUUUCGGAAACCAGCAGUCACUGCCAUGGGACUCCCAACUUCUCCGCUGGGUUCAAUUGCAACAGGCACACGGAACUCACAGACCAUACUCAAAAUUAUGUGCUUUAGCAGAGAAGUAACAAGCUACAACUUGGGAUCAGGAUCAACUUGGACAUAGUAGGAUACAACUCAGGAGACAGGAUACAGUUCUUCAAUCAGGACAGCAUCCAGCCAAGACGGCUCUCAGCUUCUUUUCAGCCAUGCCAGUAGGCCCUUCUCUCAGCCAUACCCACAGGUAGGUGGCCCUUCUUUUGGCUGUGCCCACAAGCAGGCAGCCCUUCUCUGGGCCUCUGCCCUGCUUAUGCAAGGAUUACAGCUCUUUAGCUUUGCCAACAAGUGCUCAGAGACACCCCAUUCUGCCAGCAAGCCUCCUGUUCAAAGGUGCUCAGCUCUCUCUUGUUCUCUGGGCCAGCAAGCCCACUGCAGCCUUUUGUAAUGAUCUGCUGGUUCCUGAUGCUCUUACUAUUGCAGUUGUUUCUCUGUCACUUGGCUCUGCUGUGGUAGCUGCCAUUUCUUGCCGUCUUCAGUGUUAAAGCACUCUCUCCGGUGUCUAGGAGGUUCUCCAUGUUGGGACCCCAGCUUCAAAGGUUGUGUUCUGCUCUCAGCUUUUUCUUAUGGUAAUGAGGUCCCCCUCAACCUCUGUGGGAUUGGCUGUUAUAUUCAAUUUCAAGGCAUGGCCCUCCCAGCAAUCACUCAAUUUGAAUAAUAACUGACCAAUUCCCACAAGCUCACUUAAUCUUAUUUGGUGCUUUUGCACACCCUACUAGCAUAGUAAGAUUGUAGCCUAGACAAUCAUCUUGGCAGAAGUAUAAACUCAAGGCCAGAAUGGCCAUAUGUAAGAGAAACCCAUUGCCCUGUAGUGUGUUUCAUCUAAAGUUUCAAGUUGGAGGUUGGAGUCUGUAAAAAUGUCAUGGUGGAGGCACUUGUCCUCCUCUAACUUCACAAAGGGAAGCAUAAUCAAGAUCAACAGCCCAAGGCUGAUCUCUGAGAAGCAAAGUUCAGACAUACUUCUUCUCGCCAACCCUUUUUACCAAUUCUGACACCAUCUGCCCCUUCCACGGCACUCUGUGCUUCUCAGCUGGGUUCGAUAAAUCAUUGCGAUGACCACACAGAACUCACAGACAAACUUAUGAUUAUGGUGUUUAUUAGGGAAGUAACAGGUUGGAAUUCAGGAUAAGGAACACUCAGGAUGCAGUUCUUCGAUCAGAACAGCCUCUUCUCAGCUGUACCUGCAGGCCCUUGCACACUUGGCCCCUCAGCCUGGCCUCUACCAUGCUUAGGCAACUGUUACAAAGCUCUUUUUCCUCUGCCAUUAAGUGCCCAGAGGCACCCCACUGUGCCAAUAAGCCUCUGCCCAAAAGCACACAGCUCUAGCUCCGAGAGUCAGCAAACCUAGCUCCACCAAGUGCCUGAAGGCACCCUAGUCUGCCAGAAAGCCUCCUGCCCAAAGGUGCUUAGUUUUCUUGCUCUGUGUGCCAGGAAGCCUGCCUUGCCAUCUCCUGUGGUUCUGCCAGCCUUCUCUGGUCCUCUGCAGAUCUGGCUCUGCUGGUGCCAUUCCUCUGCUGCUGCUUCUCACCGUCUCUGGUGUUACAGCUCUCCCUCUCUGUCUUCCGUGUUGCGCCUCCUCCUGUCUCUUUCUCAGUGUCUCCCUUUAAGACUAAUGGGAGGGAAAAACUGACCAAUCCCUUCGUUAGGGUUCCAUAUACCUCAUUUUCAUAAUCCCACCCAAUCAUUUGGUGGGAGUUACAAAGACUAUGGCGAGAAGAGAUAUAUUAAGCAAUUCACUGCAGGCCACACCCUGGCUCUUUACACACACAUAUAUAUGGUUUUGCUUCACUGGUUUCACUUCCAUAGACCGUGUAUGCCCAGUCCCAAUCCCUCAUGUAUCAAUUCCAGCACUGCAUCUGUUUGUUGAAAUUGGUACUCCAUCAAUUCCUGUAGUCUUGUUUUUCACCAAUGCUUUCAUUGCAUCUUUGACUUCUUCCUUCAGUAUCAUCAGUUCUUGAUCAUAUACUACCUCCUGAAAUGACUGAACAUUGACCAAUUGUUUUUCGUAUGUUAACUCUGUGUAUUGCUCCCAUCCUCUUUUGAUGCUUCCUGUGUUGUUCAGUAUUUUGCCCAUAGAAUCCUUCAAUAUUGCAAUUCGAGGCUUGAAUUUUUUCUUCAGUUAUUUCAGCUUGAGAAAUGCAGAGCAUGUUCUUCCCUUUUGGUUUUCUAACCCCAGGCCUUUGCACAUGUCAUUAUAAUAUACUUUGUCUUCUUGAACCACCCUUUGAAAUCUUCUGUUCCACUCUUUUGCUUCAUCAUUCGUUUGGUUUCUUCAGCUACUCGACAUUUAAGAACAAGUUUCAGAGUCUCUUCUGACAUCGAUUUUGGUCUUUUCUUUCUUUGCUGUUUCUUUAAUGACCUCUUGCUUUCUUCAUGUAUGAUGUCCAUGUCAUUCCGAAACUUUCUGGUCUUUAAUUAUCAGUGUUCCAUGCGUCAAAUCUAUUCUUGAGCUGGUCUUUAAAUUCAGGUGGAAUAUAUUCAAGAUUGUAUUUGGCUCUUGUGGACUUUUCCUAAUUUUCUUUAGUUUCAACUUGAUCUUGCAUAUGAGCAGUUGAUGAGCUGUUCUGCAGUUGGCCCCUGGCCUUGUUCUGACUAAUGAUAUUGAGCUUUUCCAUUAUCUCUUCCCACAAAUGUAGUUGAUUUGAUUCCUGUGUAUUCCAUCUGGCAAGGUCCACGUGUAUAGUUGCUGUUUAUGUUGUUGAAAGAAGGUAUUUGCAAUGAAGAAGUCAUUGGCCUUGCAAAAUUCUAUCAUGCAAUCUCCAGCAUUGUUUCUGUCACCAAGGCAAUGUGUUCCAGCUACUGGUUCUUCUUCUUUGUUUCCAACUUUUGCAUUCCAAUCACCAGUAAUUAUGAAUGCAUCCUGAUUGCAUGUUCAAUCAAUUUCAGACUGCAAAGGUUGGUAAAAAUCUUCAAUUUCUUCAUCUUUGGCCUUAGUGGUUGGUGUGUAAAUUUGAAUAAUAGUCAUAUUGACUGGUCUUCAUUGUAGGCAUAUGGAUAUUAUCCUAUCACUGACAGCAUUGUACUUCAGGCAAGAUCUUGAAAUAUUCUUUUUGGAUGGAUGGGACACCAUUCCUCUUCAAUUUGUCAUUCCCAGCAUAGUAGGUGUCAUGAUUGUCUGAUUGAAAAUGGCCAGUGCCAGUCCAUUUCAGCUCACCAGUGCCUGUGAUUUUGAUGUUUAUGUGUUCCAUUUCAUUUUUGAGUAUUUCCAGUUUUCCUGGAUUCAUGCUUUGUACAUUUCACAUUCUGAUUAUUAAUGGAUACUUGCAACUGUUUCUUCUCAUUUUGAGCCUUGCCACAUCAGCAAAUGAAGGUCCCAAAAGCUUGAGUCCAUCCAUGUCAUUAGAGUCAACUCUACUUUGAGGAGGCAUCUCUUCCCCAGUCAUCUUUUGAGUGCCUUCCAACAUAACGGACUCAUCUUCCGGCACUACUACUUCAUCAACCGACCGGAGGAGAUCCACAUUUAUGCCUAUUCCAAAGAAAGGUGAUCAACAGAAUGUGGAAAUUUUCAAACAAUAUCAUUAUUAUCACAUGCAAAUAGAAUUUUCCUGAAGAUCAUUCAAAAGUGGUUCCACCAGUACAUCAACAGGGAACUGCCAGAAAUUCAUGCCGAAUGCAGAAGAGGUUGUGGCACCAGAGAUAUCAUUGGCGACAUCAGAUGGAUCCUGCCUGAAAGCAGAGAAUACAAGAAAGAUGUUUACCUGUGUUUUAUUGACUAUGCAAAGGCAUUCAACUGUGUGGAUCAUAACAAAUUAUGGAUAACAUUGGGGAGAAUGGGAAUUCUAGAACAGUUAAUUGUGCUCAUGAGGAACCUGUACACAGAUCAAGAGGCAGUUGUUAGAACAGAACAAGGCGAUACUGCGUGGUUUAGUCAGGAAAGGUGUGCAUCAGGGAUGUAUCUUUUCACCAUAUUUAUUCAGUCUGUAUGCUCAACAAAUAAUCUGAGAAGCUGAACUAUAUGAAGAAGAGGAGGACAUCAGAAUUGGAGGAAGACUCGUUAACAAUCUGCAAUACGCAUAUGACACAACCUUGCUUGCUGAAAGUGAAGAGGACUUGAAGCAACUUACUGAUGAAGAUCAAAGACUACAGACUUCAGAAUGGAUUAUACCUCAGUGUAAAGAAAACAAAAAUCUUCACAACUGGACCAAUAAGAAACAUCAUGAUAAAUGGAAAAAAGAUUGAAGUCGUUGAGAAUUUCACCUUACUUGCAUCCACAAUGGACAUCCAUGAAUGCAACAGUCGACAAUCAAAUGACGUAUUACGUUGGGUAAAUCUGCUGCAAAAAGUCCUCUUUAAAGUGUUAAAAAGCAAAGAAGUCACUUUAAGGACUAAGGUGUGCCUGAUCCAUGGUGUUUUUAUUCACCUUAUAUGCAUGUGAAAGCUGGACAAUGAAUAAGGAAGUCGGAAGAAUUGACCCCUUUGAGUUAUGAUGUUGGUGAAGAAUAUUGACUAUACCACAGACUGCCAAAAGAAUGAACAAAUCUGUCUUGGAAGAAGUACAGCCAGAAUGCUUCUUAGAAGCAAGGAUGGUGAGACUUCACCUCACAUACUUUGGACAUGUUAUCAGGAGGGACCAGUCCCUGGAGAAGAACAUCAUGCUUGGUAAAGCAGAGGGUCAAAGAAAAAGAGAAAGAGCCUUAACGAGAUGGAUUGACACAGUGACUGCAACAAUGAGCUCGCGCAUAACAAUGAUCAUGAGAAUGGAGAAGGACUGGGCAGUGUUGCAUUUUGUCCUACAAAGGGUUGCUAUGAGUUGUAACUUACUCGACGGCACCAGCUACAACAAAAACAACCCCACAUGGGUACCAUGAACUUUAUUUACAUUGUUAGCAAGCUAUUCCAUUCCUUUGGUGGGCCACAAUUACCUUAUUUGUAUAGUCCCAUCCAGUCACUUGGGUGGGUGUUAUAAGACCAUGCUGAGAAAGGCCAUAUAAAAAUAAUCCCACCACACCUAACAAACUCCAUAAAUGUGAGUAUGGUCUGUGACUUGUGUGUGGCCAUUGCAACGAAUUAUCAAACCCAGGAAACAUGUAGAGAGUGCCAUGGGAAGGAUGCCUGGUGUCAGAGUUGGUAAAAAGUUUGGAGAACCUGUUUGACCUCCACCUCAUAAGAAUCAACCUUGGGCUGAUGUUUCACUUGAUUCUCCCUCCUCCUCCUUGUGAAUUUGAGUUGUUUACCACUACACAGUCAUGUUUUUUACACUCAGAAAUCUUCAUUUAUUUUUAUUUGUAUGUAGAUUAUAAUUUUUGCAACUAUAUAUAUAUAUUUUACUCCUCUCUAAAAAGUUUUCUACUGUAGAACAGUAGAUUAGUUUUAACAGCUGGAUAGUCAUACAUGUAAUAUUUAAUAAUACAACUUCAUAUUUCAUAAAUUUAUAGAAUUGUGUGGCCAUCACUACAACGCAACUUUCAGAACACUUCCAUGAACCCCUCAAAUUAGUUGGAUGAUGUGUUGUUAUUGUUGAAUUUUGGAAGUUUUUUUUUUUUUUUUAAUAUAUUUAGAAUACAAAUCCUUUAUCAGAUGUAUAAUGUGGAAAUAUUUUUUUCCCAAUCUAUGCCUUCCCUUUUCAUUUUCUUAAAUAGUGUAUAUAGAAUUAAAAAAGUUUUUAAUUUAAAUAAGUCCAAUUUUUUUUUGUCCAUGCAUUUUGUGUCUUGUCAUGGAACCCUCUGCUUAAACCAUUUCAUGAAGAAUUUCUUCCACAUUUUUCUUAGCUUUUAUAUUUUUUUCUUCUUAAAUGUUGAUCUAUGAUUCAUUUUGUGUUAACAUUUGUGUAUAGUUUGAGUGAAGGGUCUUAGCUCCUUUUCUUAGAUAUGGAUAUGCAAUUAUCCCAGCACCAUUUGUUGAAAAGACUAUCCACAUUGAAUUGUCUUGGCACCUCCAGCAAAAAGCUAUUGACCCUAAUAUUUUCCGUUUCUCAAUUCAGUUCCCGCAGUCUUGUGUGUUAGGCUUUUCCAUUGGCUACAGAACUUUACUGCCCUUUAGUGGCCUUUCCUCUUUGUGCUCAUCCCAAAUAUAACCCAGGCUCUGGCCAGCAGCUCUUUUCCCUUCUUCUGUCAUGGCGACC